GCACUGCGCCCAGUGAUGUUCCCAACAGCUGACAGACGGUGAGAGCCUCUGUCUGCCGGAGCUGUCGGUGGCGGUGGAAGAGAAGAGAGAGUAGACUGUCGUCGGUAGCCUACACGGACCCAAAACACUACUCGAGCGCUGCUGGACUUCGGACCCGCUUCACCAGUCGGGUUACCGUCGAGCAUAUCGUUUUGAAACAAAAAAAACAUUUCUUUUAGCAUCCCUAGUUGUCCUGUUUGGGAGCUGCUGGGGGGACAUUCACUGUCAGCUAACUUCCACAAUAGGGUCGCUGCUGGACUGCUGCUGCUGCAUGUGUCUUUAUUUGAGCUGAACAGUUUGACUCCAGCCCCUUCAUAGCCGUGCCCGAUGCUGAGGAAUGGAUAGUGUGUCUGCUAAAGGUGGGAAGAUGGUCGAGAGUGAUGAGCAGCCGGAGAGGGAUAGCGGUGGUGGCGGUGGCGCAGCGAUGGCCGCACUCCAUCAAUGCGAACUCAUCCAGAACAUGAUUGAAAUCUCCAUCUCCAGUUUACAGGGGCUAAGGACCAAAUGCGCCGCGUCCAACGACCUCACGCAGCAAGAAAUCCGCACUCUGGAGGUGAAGCUGAUGAAAUACAUCUGUAAACAGCUGCAGUGCAAGCAGAAAGUGCCAGAGACGGAGAGGCCCGAGGCCCUGGACAGCUACCCGCACUUACGAGACUGGCUACGCACCAUCAACCUGCGACCAGAGCUCAUCGAGGCAGUGGAAGCAAAGUUGUCCCUGGAUGCCUUACUGCAGAUGUCAGGUGCUCAGGUGAGGGACACAAUGCGAAGACUCGGGUCCAGUUCAGAGGAGUGUGCCAGGCUCAGCGCUGCCCUCUCCUGUCUGAAGAGUGCCGCUGAAUCAGGAGGUGAGCUGAGGGAAGACUGUGUUCCCUGGAUGUCUGAGCCCACGAGGAGGGACAGCGGCUCUCUACUGACUGCAGACCAGCUAGCCGGCCUGGGGACUCCGCUCCGCCCUCACAGUCCCUCGCCUCUCGCCCGCCCAUCCGCCAUCCACUCCACCCCAUCCACCCCCUGCGCCACAUUCCCUCACCCCCGCUCGGGUUCGGUGUCGGCGGUGCCCACGCCCGAAGCGCUGGCUUCAUACUGCCAUGGCGAAAGUCCUCUCACGGAUCCAUUCCCCAUGUCCUUAGCUCGCGCAGCUCGGCUCCACGGACACACUUCCACCCCGCCCAUAACACCACCCUCGAAGAGGCGUCACCGACUGAAGCCCCCCUGUACGCCUCCGCCUCCGUCCCGCAAAGUGCUGCACCUGCUUCCCAACAUCACUCUGACGCGCAGCAAGAGCCACGAGUCCCAGCUGGGCAACCGCAUCGAAGACCCGCCCACCAACAAGUGUGUUAAAAAGAACAAGUUGUUACUGAAUAUGCAAGUAAACGGGAACGGAUGCGAGGACUCGCCUUCUCGUUACCCCGUCAUGUCUGCGCGCACCCCCGGAGUCACCCCGGCUGCCACCACAGCGUCUUACACCCUGCCUGGCACGCCCACCCUCAUGGAGGAGCACAGCUCCCAUAAGAAUAACGUAGCAGGGCAUCGCGGCUCCCCACAAGCAGUGAGGAGGGACAUCGGCCUAGCAGUCACACACCGGUUUUCAACCAAGUCCUGGCUGUCCCAGACGUGUCAGGUGUGCCAGAAGAACAUGAUGUUUGGGGUUAAGUGCAAACACUGUCGGUUAAAGUGCCACAACAAAUGCACAAAGGAAGCCCCGUCCUGCAGAAUCUCCUUUCUACCAAUCGCCAAAAUUCGGAGGACCGAGUCUGUUCCGUCUGAUAUAAACAACCCUGUGGACCGGCCGCCAGAAGCACCGCAGUUUGGCACACUACCAAAGGCCAUUACAAAAAAGGAUCAUCCUCCAGUGCUGAACCAGCUGGACUCCAGCAGCAAUCCGUCCUCCACCACCUCGUCCACACCUUCCUCCCCGGCACCCUUCCAGCAGAGUAACCCCCCCAGCGCCACUCCGCCACCCAACCCCUCGCCCAAAGGCCAUCGGGACAGCCGCUUCAACUUCCCCGCUGCCUGUUACUUUCAGCAUAGACAGCAGUUUAUCUUCCCCGAUGUCUCCAGUCCUGUUCAUUUGCACCCCAAUGUCCUCCAAGACAAUGUCAGUGAGAUAGAGCCAUCAGCAGAUGACAUACACGCUGAGCUGGUAGAAGAUGAAGAUGAAGACGAAGAGGAAGGGGAGGAGGAGAUUGAGGUUGAAGAUGAAGACCCUGAAGCGGAGGACGAUAAUGAGGAAGAAGAUGAGAAUGAAGGGGAAGAUGAGGACGACGAGGAGGACAUGAGGAUGAACGUGGGCUCGGACGGCGAGUGCGACGAGCUGGACGAUCUGCCCAGCUCUCGGGGGAACCAGUGGAAGGGCCCAAUCUCCCGCAAGCCGAGUCAGACCAGCGUCUACCUGCAGGAGUGGGACAUCCCCUUUGAGCAGCUGGACCUCGGAGAGCUCAUAGGAAAGGGCCGCUGGGGCAAAGUGCACAAGGGUCGGUGGCACGGCGAGGUAGCAAUCCGACUCCUCGAGAUCGACGGGAACAAUCAGGACCAUCUGAAGCUCUAAAAGGAGGUGAUGAACUACAGACAGACCAGGCAUGAGAACGUGGUCCUCUUCAUGGGGGCAUGCAUGGCUCCACCACACCUAGCCAUCAUCACCAGUUUCUGUAAAGGGAGGACUCUGUAUUCAGUUGUUAGGGACACUAAAAACACUUUGGAUAUUAAUAAGACCAGGCAAAUUGCUCAGGAGAUUGUAAAGGGAAUGGGCUAUCUACACGCUAAAGGCAUCGUCCACAAAGACUUGAAAUCAAAGAACGUUUUUCACGACACCAAUAAAGUCAUAAUCACAGACUUCGGGCUGUUUGGGAUCUCUGGAGUUGUUCAGGAGGGGAGGCGUGAGAACAAACUAAAACUUCCACACGGCUGGAUUUGUUAUCUCGCGCCAGAGAUUGUGCGCAGGAUGAGCCCAGGUAACAACGAGGACCGCCUUCCUUUUUCCACCUCAGCAGAUGUGUACGCCUUUGGCACUAUUUGGUAUGAGCUUCAAGCUAGGGACUGGCCAAUCACCAACCAGCAUGUAGAAGCUACCAUCUGGCAGGUGGGGAGCGGAGAGGGCAUAAAGAAGGUGUUGGCGGAGAUCAGCCUCGGCAAGGAGGUCACUGAGAUCCUCUCGGCCUGCUGGGCGUACGACCUGAGAGAGAGGCCCACCUUCACCCAGCUGGCCGACAUGCUGGAGAAGCUGCCCAAACUGAACCGCAGGCUCUCCCACCCGGGACACUUCUGGAAGUCCGCAGAGUUGUAGCAGUCGCUCUGAAACAUAAGCAAUGCAAAACAAAAGCCUUGGGUCUGCCUUGCAUGCUCCUGUAUCCUUAACUCUUACAGGAUUGAUCAAAAGCAUUGCCUCUGCCUGAAACAGACACUGCUUCCACUAACCCACAGUCUGCUCUUCCAUGUCUAAGCGUUUGUGUUUUUGUUGUCGGGAAGAGAGGGUCGGUGGGGCGAUGUGUUAGCGAAGAGAGGACACAGCUGUCGUCCUUUCCACUCCUUUCGUUUGCCUUCCUUUUUUUUCGUUUUUGUCCUGUGAUGUAGUGGGACUCUGAGGCUUGUGAAUAACUGGCUUGUGGUGUCUGUGCUGAGACUGACUGGUGGUGUGCUGUGGUCUGUGCCUGCUGAUGGCUGCCCCGUCCUCACCUUUUCUCUGUGCUGCUGUGAUGUGGUUGUUCUCGCCGGGCGGCCCCCCUGGCCACAUGGCUCUUUUUUCUCUCUGAAACACAAAGCUGGACAUGAAAUGGACCCUACUACCAAAAUGGACCACUUCUUCAUUUCUCUGUGUUUUUUCCCUGAGGGGGUUUACACACGUUUUUGCAGGCUGUUCUCAAACCAACUGCCUCUCUGCUCCUCUCUCUCUCUCUCUCUCUCUCUCUCUCUCUGUUUUUAAUGUGAUGGCAUGUGCUGAGACGGUCACCAGCCCAUGUCUAUAGACACAAUAUGCACUUUGUCGAAAAAAAAAAUAAUCAUGAACUCUUUUUUUUGUUGUUGUUGUUUAGUUUUGAAUAGUCAUAUUUGCAGUGUUUUGUUUUUUUUCUUUCUUCAGGAGGGUCUCAGAGGCUUGGACAGUGUGAUAUGCUCACUUUGUAUGUUGUCUUUCUGGAGUAUAACCUGGUAAAUUCACUGUUUUUAUUGGAUGCAUUUGAACACAGGGCACUGAUGGAUAUGCUAAACGACAGCUGAAAUGAAACUGAACACAGGCUGUAAUAUUCCCUUCAUCGUUCACAAUCCACACGGGAAUAGAAUAAUGCUGGCUAUUUAUGAUAAAAAAAAAAAGACUUUUUUUAAUAAUAAUAACGUCCAUCCAUUGAAGUGUAAAGUGCACCUUAUAAGAGUAUGAGUUAUUUAGAAAGAAGUUUUCAUUCUCUGCGCAAAAAAAAAGAAUAUAAAUCAGGAACCUGGCGCAAAAAGUGUCCUAUAUCUUCCUAAAACAUUACCUCUUGUGCGUGCUUGUGUAUACCGUUUGUGAUUGCUGGCUUCAGUUGGCGUGCGUGUAUUUAUGUGUUGUGUGUGUGAUUGUGUGUGUGUGACUGAGGUGAGCGUACCGUGUUGGAAUAGGUUGGUUUUCGUGAAAGACGUGUCGUGUUGCAAAAAUCCAAUGGUAUGUAAUGUACAUACAUUAUUUAAUGUACAGCAAAUGAACAUGAUUCUUCUAGUAUUUGUACAAACAUUUUCUAUGUAAAAUACAUCACGACAUUUUUUGAAUAGGUACUGCUAUGGCUAUUACAGAUGUGUAUAUAUAUUUAUAUUUUUUUCAUGUAUAAAAUCCUGUAUAAAGGCUGUACAAUUUUUUUAGAAUGGGCCAAUAUGUGUUUUUUUAUGUUAUUGUAAAAAUUCAUAUUUUUGUAUUGCAUGUGACUACCAUUCUGUACACGCAGUUUCUGUUUUCAUCCAUGAAAAGACAAUAAAAUGAGGCUAGUCAUGUAA